GACAAAGGCAAGGAAACAUGGCGAGAACACCUUCAUGUGAUAAGAGUGGACUGAGGAAAGGAACAUGGACGCCCGAGGAAGAUAGGAAACUGAAAGCCUAUGUCACCAGAUAUGGCUACUGGAAUUGGCGACAACUCCCCAAGUAUGCAGGUCUGCAAAGGUGUGGGAAGAGUUGCAGGCUUCGAUGGCUGAAUUAUUUAAGGCCGAACGUGAAAAGAGGGAAUUACAGCAAGGAAGAAGAAGAGACGAUCAUCAGAUUACAUGAAUCGCUGGGAAACAAGUGGUCCGCCAUUGCUGGACAGUUGCCUGGUCGAACAGACAACGAGGUGAAGAACCAUUGGAAUACGAAUCUCAAGAAACUCUUCAAGGACAAAUCAUUGGAAUCAAAAGAUGACAGUGAAUUACACGUGAAGCGCGGGAGAAGUGAAGAGAAAGAAGAAACAAAGCUUGUAAUUAAUCCUUCAAGUCCUCCAUUAAUUCUGGAAAGCUCGUUAUCAUAUUCGCCGGAACAACCAGCUUCAAGCGACCAAUUCUCCUCCGACACCAAAGAUAACACGGUUGAGUCCAGCAAAGACUCGGUUACAGAUGAUGAUAACAAGGCUUUGUUUGAAGCAUUUGAGAUAGACAGUGGAAGUUUCUGGACCGAACCAUUUUUCUGGGAAAAUUCUAACAUAAAUACCAGUAGUUCUUUGGAUUCUGCUGGGUAUGAAUCUGCUGAGUUUCCAUUUCUUUAUAGAGAAAUGGAUUUCUACGACCAGCUCGAUGGCUUCUGCUUCUAAUUUAAUGGGUGAAACCAGUUUUUUUAGGUAAUUAGCUGAGUUGGUUUCAUUUGUUAUGGUUUCUUCAUGAUGGGGUUUUUUAAGGCUCAGAA